GAAUUGAUUUCUACUGGACAUUUUGGUGGGGGUCAUCCCCAUGAUGCUGGGUGCUGCCCUGGUGCGACGUCUCCUUCGCCAGCUCACUCUGCAGACCAGCUUCCUCCUCCUCUUCCUCUUGUGCACCCUCAGCGUCUUCAUCUCCGCCUACUUUCUGUACAGCGUCAAAAGAGAGUUCGAACCGUCAGCCGGAGGCAGCUCAGAGGACUGCGAUGAUGAUGUCGUACCAUCCAGGCUCCUCCCGCUGCAGGACGAAGCGGGCAGAGGCGCGUCGGCUGACGGGACCCGGACCGAUCCAGUGGUUCUGGUGUUCGUUGAAAGUCAGUAUUCCCAGCUGGGCCAGGACAUCGUGGCCAUGCUGGAAUCUGCCAGAUUCCGGUACCGCACUGAGAUUUCUCCUGGUAAAGGAGACAUGCCUACGCUUACGGAGCGUGACCGGGGACGCUUUGUUCUCAUCGUCUAUGAGAACAUCCUCAAGUACGUCAACAUGGACGCUUGGAACAGGGAGCUGCUGGAUAAAUACUGUGUGGAGUACGGUGUGGGAAUUAUCGGCUUUUUCAAGGCGAAUGAGAACAGUCUCCUAAGUGCCCAGCUGAAGGGUUUUCCUCUGUUUCUGCACUCAAAUUUAGGUCUGAAGGACUGCACUGUUAACCCCAAAUCACCGCUGCUGCGCAUCACUCGUGCCAACGAGGUGGUAAAAGGUCCACUACCCGGAGAUAACUGGACUGUGUUCCAGUCCAACCACUCCACCUACGAGCCGGUACUGUUAGCAAAGACUCAGUCAGCCGACAGUGUGGGACUGCGGGCUGCUUUCCACACUUCUGUGGUCCAGGACCUCGGCCUUCAUGAUGGUAUUCAGCGAGUUCUGUUUGGUCAUGGCCUGACCUUCUGGCUCCACAAGCUUGUGUUUGUGGACGCGGUGACCUUCCUUUCUGCAAAGAGACUCUCACUGUCUCUGGACAGAUAUGUGCUGGUUGAUAUUGAUGAUAUCUUUGUGGGAAAAGAAGGCACCAGAAUGAAGGUGGCUGAUGUAGAGGCACUGGUGGAGACGCAGAACGAGCUGCGGCAGUCAAUCCCAAACUUUACCUUUAAUCUUGGCUUCUCAGGGAAAUUUUACCAUGCAGGUACUGAUGAGGAGGAUCAAGGUGACGACCUGCUGCUAUCCUACGGUAAAGAGUUCUGGUGGUUUCCGCACAUGUGGAGUCACAUGCAGCCUCAUCGCUUUCAUAACCAGAGUGUGUUAGCAGAACAGAUGCUCCUCAACAGACGCUUCGCCGAGGAGCACUCGAUCCCCACUCACCUGGGUUACGCAGUGGCCCCUCAUCACUCAGGCGUCUAUCCUGUUCACGUGCAGCUUUAUGAGGCAUGGAAGAAAAUUUGGGGCAUCCGUGUGACCAGCACUGAGGAGUAUCCUCACCUCAAACCAGCUCGCUACCGCCGGGGGUUUAUACACAGCGGCAUCAGCGUGCUGCCCAGACAGACGUGUGGUUUAUUCACUCACACGAUCUUCUAUAAGGAUUACCCAGGGGGCCCUCAGGAGCUGGACAAGCUGAUCGAUGGAGGGGAACUCUUCCUUACUGUUCUACUCAACCCAAUCAGUAUUUUUAUGACUCAUCUUUCUAAUUACGGCAAUGACUGUUUGGGGCUUUAUACCUUCAAUAAGCUGCUGCGUUUCAUACAAAUGUGGACGCACCUUAAGCUGCAGACGCUGCCCCCUCUCCAGCUGGCACACAAAUAUUUCAGCCUUUUCCCUAAUGACAGAGAGCCACUCUGGCAGAACCCCUGUGAGGAUAAGAGACACAAGGAUAUCUGGUCUAAAGAGAAAACAUGUGAUCGCUUCCCUAAACUUCUAGUAAUUGGGCCACAGAAAACAGGAACAACAGCUCUGUACCUGUUCCUGGGCAUGCACCCUGACCUAACAGGCAACUAUCCCAGCAAAGAGACAUUUGAGGAGAUCCAGUUCUUUAAUGGGCACAACUACCACCGAGGAAUAGACUGGUAUAUGGAGUUUUUUCCUUUUCCAUCCAACACCAGUUCAGAUUUCUACUUUGAGAAGAGCGCUAACUACUUCGACUCUGAAGUAGCUCCGAGCAGAGCAGCAGCUCUUCUACCUAAAGCUAAAAUCAUCACAGUGCUUAUCAAUCCUGCUGAGAGAGCCUACGCCUGGUACCAGCACCAGAGAGCUCAUGAUGACUCUGUGGCUCUGAAAUAUUCUUUCCAUGACGUUAUCACUGCACCCCGUGAUGCUCCUCUGAAGUUACGUGUGUUACAGAGCCGCUGUUUGGGACCGGGACUAUACACAAUUCAUCUGGAACGUUGGCUGACACUAUACCAUUCCAGUCAGAUUAUGGUUAUGGAUGGCCAGAUGCUAAAGACUGCACCAGCAACAGUAAUGGAUAAAGUACAGAAGUUUCUGGGACUGGUGAACACUGUCAAUUACCAUAAGAUCCUGGCAUUUGAUCCUAAAAAAGGGUUCUGGUGCCAGCUCCUGGAGGGAGGAAAGACGAACUGUUUGGGAAAGAGUAAAGGAAAAAGAUACUCGGAUAUGAAAUCGGAGUCGCAGCUCUUUUUGAGAGAUUUCUACAGAGAUCAUAACAUUGAACUUUCUAAGCUCCUGUACAGAAUGGGACAGCCACUUCCCUCAUGGCUCAGAGAUGAACUCCUGAACACCAGGUAGCACUGAACCCUAUACCGGCCUCGUUUGAGAAGGAAAGUCACCAGCUCCACUCAGUGGCAUAAACUACUACGUUAAUACGGGUGAGGAAGUCGACUGCAGUGAAGUGGAAGCUUGGCGAAGAAGUUGGAUUUAUUUCUUGGUGGAUUUCUCCUUUAUAAAUCCUUAAAUCUGCUGGGUUUUUUAAAUGAAACGCCUCUCUACAGCGGUUAAGUGAAACCCCUAUGGGGUGUGUGUGGUUCAGCCCUUUCUGACCCAUUUAAACUAGGAAUGUGGCAUCCUGUGAGCAGGAAUUAGCAUUGAAUUUUCUCACUCGACAGACACUUUAAUUACAGUGGACCGUGAUACAAGAAGUCACAUGAUGUUUUCCUCCUAAAUGAUGCAUUGACUUACAAAAUAAACUGCUGUUUGUUUUUUUUGGUCCCAAACUCAGGACUCCUGUGUUAAGCAAAAAGGACACGGGAGAAAGGCUUCAGAGUGUGAACGUGUGUGUGUGUGUGUGUGUGUGUACAUAUAAGAAAGUGUCGAUUGUUGAAGGUGACACUGAAGUUUUGUACAUUGUAAUUACAGUGUGAUGUUUUUGCAGUAUGAACCCCUUUGCUCAUCAUAAUACUGCAGCAGUGCGCAGCUGCCAUCAACACUACAUGAAUUUGUCAUCAUUAAAAGCCUGAUGUGUACGCUAAUUCUUCUGAAUAAGUAUUAAUAAGCCAGUGAUCUAAUUCCCUUCAACUAAUUCCUUCUUUUUACAUAGUAUAAUGAGUAAUUCAGUAUAAAACCUAACCCAGAACAUUUGCAAAUAACUUUUUUAUGCUGCACAGCACCAGAUUCCUAAGGACCUGGGUUCUAUCCCUGUGUGUUACAUUUUCGGCAUUUAGCAGACACCUUUAUCCAAAGCGACUUACAGUAGUGUGGCAGUACACAGUCUGAGCAAUUGAGGGUUAAGGGCCUUGCUCAUAGGUCCAACAGCAGCAAUCUGGCAGUGGGGCUUGAACCAGCGACCCUCGGAUUACUUGUCCAGUACCUUAACCGCUAGGCUGCAACUGACCGAAGGUAAAUUGCAGAAGGUACGUUUACAUUUACAUUUUUGGCAUUUAGCAGACACCUUUAUCCAAAGCAACUUACAGUAGUGUGACAGUAUACAAUCUGAACAAUUGUGGGAGAGCAAUCAAGGGUCCAACAGCACCAACCUGGCAGUGGUGGGGCUUGAACCAGCGACCCUCUGAUUACUUGUCCAGUACCUUAACUGCUAAGCUGCAAUUGGCUGGAUGUAAAUUGCAGAAGGUAAAUUAGCAACUUAAUUGCCACUUGUUGUGAGUACAUAAGUAAAUACAUAAUUGUGCCAUACUUCUUGAUGGAAUGGUGUCUUGUCCAGGACAUAUUCUUUUUUCUUUGUCUACAGUGUUUCUGGGUACACACCAGGCCCACAACAGCCCUGUAACUAAUCAUUAAUAAUAAAAAAGAACAAUAAUUCCUCAGGUUGUUUCUUAAACUUAAAGGAUUUGAUAUUAAGUGAUAGCACUUGAGAAUAUGGGUUAUUUAUUUAAUGCAUUAUAGUGUGUAUUUAAGUGAUGAAUGCAGCAGAUAUUGGCAAAUUAUUCGCUUAUUAGUGCUUAUUCUUACAUAAUGUAUUACCUGAUUCUCAGUCUAGAAGUGUCUGCUAAAUAUUGAUUAUUAAAACAAGUAU